AUGGGAGCUCCGAUUCGACCUAAUGAUCUCAUAAAGAUUCAACCCAGCUACACGACGCGUAAUGGAAGCGACAGACCGAUGCUUGACUUUUGGGGUCUCGUUUCUCACAUCACCCCUUGCUUUCUUUAUGCUACAGUAGAGCUUUCAGGAAAGUGCCAUGGUGAUGUGAUGCCUGCGAAACGCGACGCCGACGGCCCUCCACCUCUGCCGGUUGACUCCGUCGCCCUCGACUCCGACUCCGACUCCGACGCCGACGCCGACGCCGCCUCCUCCCCUGAACCCGACUCUGACGCCGACGCCCCUUCGCCGUUAUUUCCUUUUGCUGCUGCCGAAAAGGAGAGACAAGCUUUGGUGGAUGCACUUAGAGCUAGUGAAGCUGAAUGCGAUGCUAUUGAUGCGAAGAUGCAGGAGGUUUUGAAUGCACAGAUUGCUGCUGAGGAUGAGUGUGUUUCUCUGUUGGAGAAUUCUCUAAGGACAUUUUUACCUCUUAUCCUGCAGGAUGCAACUGCUAGUGCUGACCUGAUAGAGAAGAAGGCAAACUUACUGCGUGCUGAGGAAAUGGACAAAUGGCUUUCAUCAAGUGAAGAUUUGGAGGUGAGGAAGAUGGAACUUGAAAUCGAGUCAUAUCUGAUAAGUGAAGCUCGUAAAGGAGUGAAUGUUUCCAUCGAGCAUUCAAUUGAUGAUGACAGUAGAGAGAAAGAAAAACUUCUUAAGAAGAAGGAUGUGUUGUUGGAUGAAUUGGAGAAGCUGCUUAAUUUAGUGAGAGAGAAGGAGAAGCAAAUUGCUGAGAAUGAUGCUUCCACUGAAGCAGUAGAGAAGCGCAUUGCUGGCGUGGUCUCUGGAUUUCAGGACAUGCAAUCAGAUAUUGGUGCUAAAUAUGAUAGAAUGAAAUCAAAGCUCUCUCAGGUUGAUGCCGAAAGUGAAGCUUUAUCUAUAAAAAAGAAAGAUAUUGAUGACGUACUCUCUCAGGAAGAUAAUAAAGGAGCAAAGAUUAGGGAACUUGGGAAGAUUGCUGCAGAUGAAGCAAAAGCAUACAAUGAAGCAGCAGGAUUGAGAAGUUUAAUGCUCUGCAUUUUGGAGUACAGAGAAAGUAAACUGGGGCUGAUGAAGACUGAGGAGAAAUUUUCUGAAGAUGUCAUGAGGCUCCAACAAGAAGCUUCCUCUGCAAGAGCUUCUUUACAGGAACUGUCUUCAAAUAAGUCCAGCCUCCAACAGGAGAUAGCUUCAUUUGAGCAGAGGAUACUUUAUGUGGACAAGAGACUUCCAGAACUAGAGACUGAAAAGGUUGCUGCUGCUGCAAGAAAUUUCAAAGAAGCUACACGAAUAGCUGCUGAAGCAAAGUCGUUGAGCAAUGAGAAGGAAGGAACACAAAUCAAGCUUGAAAGAGCCACUAUGGAGCUUGGAAAGCUUGAAGAAGAAAUUAAAGAAACUGUUGAUAAAUUGCAGGAGGCUGAGGAGCAGAUCUUAUUAAGGGAGAGGGAUUUGGCAGUGGCUAGACUCCAGAGGUUACUCAUAACUGCCAGUGCUGCCAAUGCUGAAAGAGCUGCUGCUGUGGAAUUGGGUGACCAUGAAGAAGCAGACAUUUUACUUGCUGAGGCCAAAGCUGCAGAAUAUGAAGCCCAAAAGCUCCAAGCGGUAUAUGAUUUGAAGGAGGAAGAUUUUGGCAAUCAACCAAAACAUUUAAUCCCUAUGGAACUUGUUUAUGAUCUCAGCGGGAAACAAUUAGCAGAAUUAGCUGCAUCUGUUCAUCUCAACCCAGCAUCAUGAUGACAAAGUGGAUUUUGAGAUGACUGACCUUUUUGGCAGGACAGGCUUCUGAAACUCUGGUCACAUGUAUUCAAGGGGAUUAGCCUGGAAGUUUCAUCUCACCUUUGGCUAGACGCUUUCAAACCUCAGUGCCUAGAAAUGACAGUUGUGGCAUUCUUUGGUCUUUGGCCAGUAGCAAGUUUGGUAUGGGUUUUGAAGAUCUCGGCGAUUUCAUUUUAUGGUACUGGAUGUGAGAAUUCAGCUUCUCCAAGGCAAUGGGAGGAGUAAUUUUUUUGUAAAUCUGUUGAGUGAAAGAUUAAUACACGUCUCUUCUCAUACAGAAUAAUGUCCAGCCCAAUACAAAAAAGGGGUUGGGGAUGGUGUGGAAAAUAGCCAGAAUUUUCUUUAGAUUC